AUGAAAGACCGACUGGCUCAGCUGAAGGAGAUUGAAGACAUCCGCAGCAGUAUUGAUAAGAUUGACGAGAGUGUCACAGAGAUCAAGAAGCUCUACUCCACCAUCCUGUCGGCUCCGACCUCCGACCAGAAAACACAGGAUGAUGUCGAGGCCCUCACCAACGAGAUUAAAAAGUCAGCCAACAACGCAAGAAACAAACUGAAGAGUAUCGAGCGCCAGCUGGAGUCAAACACCGAUGAGAGGGCGUCGGCCGACCUCAGGAUACGCAAGUCACAGCACGCAAUUCUGGCCAAAAAGUUUGUAGAGGUGAUGACGAAGUACAACGAGGCUCAGGUGGACUUCAGAGACAAGAGCAAGGGACGCAUCGCCCGCCAGCUGGAGAUCACUGGAAAAACAACGACUGAUGAGGAGCUGGAUGAGAUGCUGGAGGGAGGAAACUCUGCAGUCUUCACAGCAGGGAUCAUGGACUCUAAGAUCAACCAGCAGGCCCUGAAUGAGAUUGAGGCUCGUCACAAAGACAUCAUGAGGCUGGAGAGCAGCAUCAAAGAACUCCACGACAUGUUUGUUGAUAUUGCCAUGCUGGUUGAGAACCAGGGUGGGAUGAUUGACAGGAUCGAAAGCAACAUGGACCAGUCGGUGGGCUUUGUAGAGAGAGCCGUGGCCGACACCAAGAAGGCUGCCAAAUUCCAGCAGGAGGCACGCAGGAAACAAAUGAUGAUCUUCUGCUGCUGCGUGAUUUUGGCUGUCAUCCUCGGUUCAUUUGUCUACAGCUUCAUCAAAUAGAGACCCUAAUGAAGAAAGUCUCCCACCAUCUGAGGCCACGGGAGGCCGCAGGACACGUCUGCACUCAGUUUGCUCUAAUUUCAUUACAUAUCAGGAACAAAGCGCCACAUUUAUGAUCAGUUCAGUCAGAAAAACAUGACGACAGCUUUCUUCUUCAUGGUCUCGCUCCAGUCUGAGUUCCUAACCUGUCCAAUAACACACUGGAUAUGACUGUGUGCACAAAACAGAAAAGAGAUGCUGGAGACCUUUCAGUGCAGUGACACGUCAAUAAUCCCACCAAGAAUGUCCAGAUUAUAUUAUUGCAUCAGCUCAUUGUUACUUAGCUGUGCUCAGAGAAGUGCACAUGUGUGUGACACGUCUUACCCUAACCCUGCUGCAGUUGUUCUGCUGUGGAGCGAUUUUUCAGAACCACACUUGGAAUUUGAAAAUGUGCAGUAUGAAAGGUCACCACCAAUCAGGGCCGAGCCCUGUGAAUUACUGAGUGUGGCUGCUAGCAUGCUCCAUUUCAUUCACUGAUUUGUCCACUUAUCAGAUCCAUAUUCAGGAAAGUGCACCUGAUUAGUAAACAACUUUUGAAUAAUGCAGCCAUGAAAAGCUUUUAUUAGGAAGAUUAGCUGUUGUGUUGCUGUGUAAGGAAUAAACAGCAGAGCGUGUCCAUUAAUAUUAGAGUGAAGUGAGUACAGCAGGUGCAGGUACCUGACACACCUGUGCUGCAUCCUGCCCCGUGUCCACAGCAGGCCUGUCAGAGGCCUUUAGGAUUCACAGUAAAAAUCCACGUAGUGAGCUUUUAACCUUGAAGUGAUUAAAAAUGGCUGAUCUUAGAUGGUGUGACUCAGGAAUUGAUGUUUGUUUUAAAUGUGUAAGAUUAGAAAUACACAUCAUUUGAUGAUUCAGGUAUUUGGUUUAGAUCUUUGUUGUUUGUGUGUUUAUUACGACUGAACUCUCAUAUUUGUACAAUGUGCUUGUGUGUGUGGACCGUUUAUGCUUGUUAUUCUGGCACUUGCUCUGACUCACACUGUGGUGUUGGAUGCAGUGCAGCCCACUCGUGAACUGAGAGCCUGCUCUCUUAUAUCAAUAUUUUUGAAAAUGUGUAUUCCAAUAAAAUUCCAAUUGGAGGUUUUCUGAGGCAUCUAAACAAACUGAUGGCAGACUCUUUAGUUGCGCAGUGUUCAGAAAAAUAACCUGGAAGAUUCGUCAUGUCGUCGAUAGUCGACAGGCAGCUGUUGUGUGACAAUGAACUAUCGCAGAUUUUAUUCAUCUUCAAAUUUGAUCCUAGGACCGCUAAAUAUCAAAUCCCGGGGAUUGAGGUGUGCAUUCACACGCUGUAAGGUCUGCCGAUGCUUCCAGCGCUUCAUCGUUAGCUUCUUUGUACACGCUGCGUGUUUGUGUCUGCUGCUGACUGAA